UUAUUUUUGCCUCACUUUGUAUGAUUUAAUUAGUUUUGCCACAUCACCAAGACAAAAUCCUUUCACAUCAAAGUCUACUCAGCAAUAAACUGAUUUCUGAUCCAGAGGACAAACAACCAUCCUGAGAGUGACUUGUCUGUCCACCACACAGCACCUGGUCCCAGAGCUGCGGAGCCUGCAGGUCCUGCUGGUUUUCUGCCUGAUCUCAGACUACCAGCUGGGCCCGGGCCCCAUCUCGUGGUUCAUCGCCGCUGAGCUGUUCGACCAGCCUGGCAGACCCAUCGCCAUGGCUUUCACCAGCAUGCUCAACUGGGGAGGGAAGUUUGUCCUGGCACUCCUCUUUCCUCCUCUACUGAAGAUCUGGGGUGUGUACGUCUACCUGCUCUUCAUGGCCAUGGCUCUACUUGCCUUCACCUUCACCUGGAUUCGCCUCCCUGAGACAAAAGGUCGCACAUUUGAUGACAUAGCAGAGGAGUUCAGAGGAGCAGAGGGCAUUCCUCUCCACAACAAGACUGGAUUCAACACUUUCACCUGAGCAGCCUCUCACAUCUCAGUGAAUCUGGUCUUUGUCAUUCAGUUCGUCCAUUUCAUAGCCAAAAGUAUUAGUGGUACUGCAGGUAGCCAAAUUGUUUAGAUUUUAUUUGCUUAGGUUUUGAGGGGGUUUCUUCUACAAACAUCUUUUGCAGUGCUCACAGCACUGAAAAAUGACUUCUGAAAAACCCGGCAAUGGUUCCUAAAGGAAACGUCCUAGUUACUCAGGAUAAUCAAGAAACUUUAUCCAACAUGGCCCAAAUAAACAUACUUUGAUUCAUUUUAUGAAACUGAUUUUUAAAAUGAUUUGUUAAUGUUUCUGUGAUUAACCUGGAGAAUUUUUAUAAGAAUUAAAAUGUUAAAUACCACAGUUUAUCUAAGCGUGAUUACAUUAAACACUAAAUGAGCAUGUAAAUAUCCCUGUUUAAUAUCAGCUGAGGCUACCAGCUGGUCUUG